AUGGCUAGACAAGCGGUUAUUCAAGGGACGGCGGAUACCUCUCGCAUUGAGGCCCCCGUCACCUUCAAAGCCUAUCUUAUGUGCGCUUUUGCCGCGUUUGGAGGUAUCUUCUUCGGAUAUGACACAGGAUGGAUGGGUGGUAUCAUGGGCAUGAAAUACUACAUCAGGCAAUAUACUGGUCUUCCUUACCCCGCCGCGGAUGCCAGCGAGGCGAUUAAGGAUGCCUUCGUCCUUCCAGGAUGGGAACAGUCUCUCUUGACCGGUAUCCUCUCUUGCGGUACAUUCUUUGGUGCAAUUAUCUCCGGUGACAUUGCCGAUCGCAUUGGUCGUCGAUGGACUAUCAUUGUCGGCUGCUUGACGUUCUGCGUGGGAUGUAUCCUCGAGGUUGCGUCUACUACAUUGGCAGUCAUGACUGUUGGUCGUCUUAUUGCUGGUGCCGGUGUUGGUUUCAUUUCCGCCAUCAUCAUUCUCUACAUGUCCGAAAUUGCCCCAAAGAAGGUUCGAGGUGCUCUCGUCUCCGGAUACCAAUUCUGCAUCACUAUUGGUAUUCUGCUUGCCAACUGUGUCGUAUACGCAACUCAAGACCGUGACGACUCUGGCUCAUACCGUAUUCCCGUUGCAGUCCAAUUCCUCUGGGCUAUCAUCCUUGGUCUCGGGCUCUUCUUCCUUCCCGAAUCGCCACGUUAUUUCGUCAAGAAGGGAAAGCUGGACGAGGCUGCUAAAGCACUAGCCAACGUUCGUGGACAGCCGCUCGACUCCGAGUAUAUUCAGGACGAGCUUGCUGAAAUUAUUGCCAACCACGAAUACGAGUUGUCGGUCGUUCCUGAGUCUUCCUACCUUGCCUCAUGGACCAACUGCUUCAAGGGAGAUAUUUUCAAGGCCAACAGCAAUCUCCGCCGUACACUUCUCGGAAUUGGACUCCAAAUGAUGCAGCAGCUUACUGGAAUCAACUUCAUCUUCUACUAUGGAGUUGUGUUCUUCAAGUCUCUGAAAACUAUCAGCAACCCUUUCCUCAUCAGUUUGGUCACCACCCUCGUCAACGUGCUCUCGACUCCAAUUGCAUUCUGGCUCGUUGAGAGAUUCGGCCGACGCAAUCUCCUGAUUAUCGGAGGAAGCGGUAUGGUCAUCUCUCAAUAUAUCGUCGGCAUCAUUGGUGUCACCGUCGGCCAAGACAAGGGACCCGAUACCAACAAGCCCGCCGUCUCCGCCAUGAUCGCUUUCAUCUGCCUUAACAUCUCCAUGUUCGCCUCCACCUGGGGUCCCUGCGCUUGGGUCGUCAUCGGAGAGGUCUUCCCCCUCCCCAUCCGAUCCCGUGGUGUCGCUCUCUCCACCGCCUCCAACUGGUUCUGGAACUGCAUCAUUGCCAUCAUCACCCCCUACCUCGUCGACAAGGAGUACGCCAACCUUUCCUCCAAGAUUUUCUUCAUGUGGGGAUCCCUCUGCGUUAUCUCCGUCGUGUUCGCAUACUUCCUCGUCCCCGAGACCAAGGGUCUGUCGCUCGAGCAGGUUGAUCGUAUGUUGGAGGAGGUUGUACCUCGCAAGUCCCGCUCUUGGGUUCCUACCUCUACCUUCGCUUCCGAGAUGGGUCUUGUUGAGAAGGGACUCACUAUCAACGUUGGCAAGAAUGGAGAUAGCACCGAUGAGGUCGAGCCAGCGGCAGCCGCUCCCCCUGCGAAGGAGCUGUCGUAG